ACCUACAUCAGCCCAACUGAGGUGAAGAUUUCUUGUGCUUCAGGAAAAUACACCCCUGUGGAUAUUUCAGGAAUGUGGCUGAAUGGGACAGCACGGGAGAUGUCCGCGAGUUUCCUAAAAUUUAAAGUAAGCCAAAGCCGAUCGAACGACUUGUCGGAUCUCAGGGCACGCUACGCCCCCGACCUGGACGUGAUCGAGAAGACGGCGAGGAAGCCAGAAGACUUCAUCCAAGUGUGCAGCGUCGACAACGUCCAUUGCAAUUACAAACAAUUUUACCCGUACACGACGAAGGAUAUGGGAGUUUGCUACACGUUCAACAGCCCACACCUCGUCAAAGUAUCCAGCCCCAACGUCAGCAUCGAAGACCGCAGAAAAAACUUCAAUCCCAGAGCUUCGUUCAAAACCGGACCGCAGAGCGGCCUGAGCCUGACGCUGAACCUGCACGCGGCGAGCUACCUGUCGUUGCUAUCGCCCUGGUCGGGGCUGCGCGUGGUGCUGCAUGAGCCUUGGCAGGCGCCCUUCCCGGCCGAUGAAGGCUUCAACCUCGCCGCGGGACUGUCGCACUCCAUCUCCGUAACCAAAACUGUGAUGCAGCGCAUAGGAUCCCCGUAUGGAGAAUGCUCCGAUGACAAUACUCCGAUGUUUGACUACUCUGAAGCGCUGUGCAUUAAGCUGUGCAUUGAACGCGAGUUCCGGCGUCGGUGCAACUGCACAGUCAACGAGGGCCCCGCCUUCGACUCCCUCGGCGACGAAGACGAGUUCAAGGCCAAGAAAUUCGGGAAGUGCGACUCCUUCGACCGCUUUCAGGGUUUGUGUAUGGAAGCCGUGGCCUACAUGGCAAACACCGACAUAUUCAACUGCAUCUGUCCCCCCGCGUGCACGGAGGUGCGUUACUCAGCUCUCAUAUCGUCCACAAAUGUCAACCCUGAGUUCCUCAAAAUCGUCCAGAACAUCAAAAAGUUCCCAAUGGGCGUGGACUUGUGUGGGGACUUAAAUUCGACUGUUCGCCUUCAGAUCUACCUUGCGUCUUCCUCGUACCAAGAAAUUGACGAGUCUCCCGCGUAUACUUGGACAACUCUGGUCGCAAACUUGGCCGGCAACUUGGGCCUUGUUGGCGUGUCGCUGAUCACCUUCUUCGACGUGGUCUACUACUUAUUCGACGUGUUCCUGAUCCUGGUGUGGCCGCGCUGCUACGACGUCUCAGAGGGCGUCACCAAGUCCGUCGCUCCCGUCAAGAAAAUUCCGAAGAAAAUCAUCAUCUUGGCCGGUCCUCCGGAGCCGCUGCCACACGGAAAGCCUGUCAAGAAGCGCCCACUGAGGUCAAGUGCCCGAUGGUCUGAACGCUUCAACAAAGUCUUCAUGAGCCACUGA